CGUCACAGUGACCAGAGCGGACCGACCAAAGGGCUAGGCGUGGAAUCUGCCAUGUAGCUGGCGGCGAGUCCUGUGCCUAUCCCUAGCUAGCUUUUAGUAGAUCCACCCCAAUUCGAGGGCUAUACAUUACCAAUAUCCUAAAUAGAUAGCUAAAGAGCCAUGGACAUAUUCUGGCAUAAAUGCAGGGUAAAAUGUUACUAGGGUGGCAGGCUUUGUUGUUGUUAGCUAGGUUGCUAAUUUAGUUAACACGUUAACGUCGUUAGCUAUAUAACUAGCUAUUCAGAGCUAACGACCGGUGCUAGGUAGCAAGACAAAUAUCUAGACUAGUUAGCUACCAAGUUGACCAGACAGAGACCAUUCCGCGAAAGGGAGAAGUCAUGGAGACGUGACGCCAAGGUAAUCUAAACGAGAAUCUCCUGUCAGAGGGACAACAUGGAUACCGAGAACAUUCCUCACCCUUACGAGGACAACCGUGAUGCGGAGCGCCAGAGUCGUCAGUCCCGCAGGAGCACGGCCGGGAAAGGUUCCGAGGCGUCCGUACGAACUCUGAAACGGGACAAGAGUCGGGACGGAGAAAGAGAUGAGAGGGAUAGCCGUGCUGGGGACCAGGCUAAGACACGGACACAGGAACCGGAUCCGGACCGGGAUCGCAUGUCAGACAGAGAGCAUAGGAGGAGCAGCUCAUUCUACUCUGAGGACUACGAGAACCUAACACCCUCGGAACACACGCUGUCGCCCUACUCCCGUACGCCCUCCCCCAGCCCUCGCAGAAAGGGACCUCGUGCCAAGAGGGUGUCCAGCAGUCCUCUACACAAAACAGGUGUGCGUCGGGGUGUGUCUCGCCCUCCCCGUUUGGGUGCCCAGCCCCAGCGGCCUCAGCGUUGGGGGGUACGGACCGAGUCCCAGAGCCUGAUCAAGGACUCCACGGCGCCCCCUAAAGAUCUUGACCUGGUGACCAAACGCAUGCUGUCGGCCCGCCUGUUGAAGAUCAACGAGCUACGCAACACCCUGGCUGAGCUACAGCUCCACACCGACCAGCUAACCAAGGAGAACCGCAUCCUCAGACAGCUACAGCACCGCCAGGAGAGGGCGCUGCAGCGAUACGACGAUACGGAGAGUGAGAUCUCCCAGCUGCUGUCGCGCCACGCCAACGAGACCACAGCUCUGCGGGAACGUCUACGGCGGACACAGGAGAGGGAGAGGGACGCUGAGAGGCGUCUCAAAGACACACAGGAGCAGCUGCAGCGUAGCCAGUCGUCCCUGGGUCGUCUGAGGCGUCUGGCAGAACAGCAGGAGCUAGGUCCCAGGGAGGAGCUCACCAGGAGACUGGAGCAGGAGAGGACCAAAGACCAGGAGAACCAACUAAGGAUCAAGGAUCUGGAGCGCAGAGUGGAACUGAGCAGCAGUAGUUACCAGAGACAGCUAGCUACAGAGAGGAGGAAGACCAUCAGUUCCCAGGACCAGGUCUCAGAUCUACAGGAGGAGGUGGAACGACUCAGCAACAAACUCAAGGAGAAGGAGAGGGAACUGGACACUAGGAAUAUCUAUGCCAACCGCUUGUUGAAACCAUCGCCCAGGAACAUGGACAACACCACAAAGAGGAAAGGCCCCAGUAAGUCCAGCUCUAAGGCAGUACAGACAGUGAACGAGAACUCAAGUCUAGACUUCCCGUCACCGCCCCCGGCCGUCACCGAGGGCAACUAUCACUACAACGACCAAGCCCCUGAUGACUACCUGUCACUCAAGCCAGGUGUCUCUAGUACACCUUACAGCUCUAGCGAGGUUGACAUAGGAGAGCGAAGGCCGAAGGAGACUGAGGAGAGAAAGGAGAGAGAGGACCGAGAGAGUGUACAGAAGGAGAGAGAGAGGGAGAAGCAGAGGAUUGACCCGGAGUUGGACACACUUGAGGAAAAGAACAAGAGACUGAAAGACGGCUGGGAGAAAGAGGAGGAGGAGAGGAAGAGGCGGAUCCAUAAGGAGGAAGAGAACAGGAAGAGGCGUGGCCAAGUCCUGGAAGAGGUUGCGAGGCGGAACCAAGAGGCGCUAGCCAGUCAGGAAGUGGCGGAGGCAGAGCUUCGCAGGAAGGAGCAGCUAUUGGCAAAGCUGAGGGAAAUUGACAAGAAGAACGAGCCCCCCCAGAACGCCGGGUUGUUCUACGAGGUUGACCCAGAACCCCUGGAGUCUAGCUCAGGUUCCACUGCACGUUCUCCUCCACGGUUCUCCGACCCACGGAACCAGAAACCUUCCGUCUUCAGCUUCACUGAGCCGGAGGAGAUGAGCGUUCUGCGUGGGGAGGCGGGGAGCAGGGAGGGGGGCAAGUCAGGGCGAGGGGGGGAAGAGAGCGGUUUGGGUCCAGGGGCGGGGACAGGGACUGGGAGGAGAGGGGUGAGGGCUCAGAACUCAAACGAGGACCUGGCUUUCGGUAGCUACGCCCCGUCCUUUGGGCGGCCGGCCCCACGAGGGGGUACAGGCUUCCCGACCCCUCCCCCGCCCUCGGCUCUGGACGCGCUGCUGGGGCGGUCAGAGAGAGGGAAGGGGAGAGGAGGACUAGGACCAGGCCCGGGAAAGGAGAGGAAGUCCACUUUGUUGCAGCAGCUGUUUGGCCCCCCAUCUAGCCCCUCCCCGAUCUCCGACAGCCCCCCAGACGUCCUCCUUAGCCCUCACACUUCCACCCUCACCGGGCCCCGCAACUGCAGAGAAGGCUUUUUCCCCUUUGAGCCCAAGUCCCCAGCACCCUUCCUUUCCUCCCUCAACGUGACCGAGAGCAGGCCGACCGUACGAGCCAUUGCUUCCUUCGACGACGACAUCGAGGAACUCAAACUUUGAUCAAAUCACUUUUUUAAAAAAAAUUUUAUGAUUCGUCUGUUGAGUAGGAACUCGCCGUCUGAUUCGUCAACGAAGGAGGAAGUGACACUUGGAUUGGCCGUUGAGGCUGUUAGUCACUAUACUACGGGUGGACCCGGUGGUUGGGGUUUCACAGGGUUUUAUAAAAGCACUAAGUCGUAUUUGUUCUGAUAUCAGAUAAAUCUAAGCCUGGUUAUGGACUGUUUAAUCUGAUAGAUAAAUGUCUCUCAGUGUGUGUGUGUGUGUGUGUGUGUGUGUGUGUGUGUGUGUGUGUGUGUGUGUGUGUGUGUGUGUGUGUGUGUGUGUGUGUGUGUGUGUGUAUGUUGCUCAGGGGAGUCUGUAAAAUCAGGGAAGAACAUCAGCAUUUUCAGACAGACUUAGGCUCCGCCUCAAAUGAUGCCCUGAUGAAGCAGCUUUAUCGUUGACAGCUUUAACGUUGAAUGGUGCCCUGAUGAAGCAGCUUUAUCGUUGACAGCUUUAACGUUGCAUCAGAGAUAAUUUUGUAUAGAUAGUGUAUGUGGACACCCCUUCAAAUGAGUGGAUUUCACUAUUUCAGCCACACCCGUUCCUGACAGUUAUAUAACAUGUAGCACACAGCCAUGCAAUCUCCAUAGACAAACAUUGGCAGUAGAAUGGCCCGUACUGAAGAGCUCAGUGACUUUCAACGUGGCACCGUCAUAGGAUGCCACCUUUCCAACAAGUCAGUUCGUCAAAUUUCUGCCCUGCUAGAGCUGCCCCCGGUCAACUGUAAGUCCUGAUAUUGUGAUGUGGAAACGUCUAGGAGCAACAACGGCUCAACAGCAAAGUGGUAGGCCACACAAGCUCACAGAACGGGACAAGCGAGUGCUGAAGCACAUAGCGUGUACAAAUCGUCUGUCCUCGGUUGCAAAACUCACUACCGAGUUCCAAACUGCCUCUAGGAGCAACGUCAGCACAAGAACUGUUAGUCGGGACCUUUAGGAAAAGGGUUUCCAUGGCCGAGCAGCCGCACACAAGCCUAAUAUCACUAUGCGCAAUGCCAAGCGUCGGCUGGAGUGGUGUAAAGCUCGCCGCCAUUGGACUCUGGAGCAGUGGAAACGCAUUCUCUGGAGUGAUGAAUCACGCUUCACCAUCUGGCAGUCUGACGGACGAAUCUGGGUUUGGAGGAUGCCAGGAGAACACUACCUGCCCCUAUGCAUACAGACAACUGUAAAGUUUGGUGGAGGAGGAAUAAUGGUCUGGGGCUGUUUUUCAUGGUUCAGGCCCCUUAGUUCCAGUGAAGGGAAAUCUUAAAGCUACAGCAUACAAUGAUAUUCUAGACAUUUCUGUGCUUCCAACGUUGUGGCAACAGUUUGGGGAAGGCCCUUUCCUGUUCCAGUAUGACAAUGCCCCCGUGCACAAAGCUAGAUCUAUACAGAAAUGGUUUGUUCGAGAUCGGUGUGGAAGAACUUGACUGACCUGCACAGAGCCCUGACCUCAACCCCAUCGAACACCUUUGGGAUGAAUUGGAAUGCCGACUUCGAGCCAGGCCUAAUCGCCCAACAUCAGUGCCCGAAUGGAAGCAAGUCCAGGCAGCAAUGUUCCAACAUCUAGUGGAAAGCCUUCCCAGAAGAGUGGAGGCUGUUAUAGCAGCAAUGUUCCAACAUCUAGUGGAAAGCCUUCCCAGAAGAGUGGAGGCUGUUAUAGCAGCAAUGUUCCAACAUCUAGUGGAAAGCCUUCCCAGAAGAGUGGAGGCUGUUAUAGCAGCAAUGUUCCAACAUCUAGUGGAAAGCCUUCCCAGAAGAGUGGAGGCUGUUAUAGCAGCAAUGUUCCAACAUCUAGUGGAAAGCCUUCCCAGAAGAGUGGAGGCUGUUGUAGCAGCAAUGUUCCAACAUCUAGUGGAAAGCCUUCCCAGAAGAGUGGAGGCUUUUGUAGCAGCUAAGGGGGGAACCAAAUCCAUAUUAAUACCCAUGAUUUUGGAAUGAGAUGUUGGACAAGCAGGUGUCCACAUACUUUUGGUCAUGUAGUGUACUUGAGUGUGCAGCUAUUCCUUUUAUUUUAAAGUGUGCAUCAAAUGGCACCUUUUUUUUCCAUAUUUGGUGCACUAGUUUUAACCAGCCCAUCAAGCUCUGGCCAAAGUAGUGCACUAUAUAGGGAAUAGGGUGCCAUUUGGGACUACCUAAGUCGGAGCCCUGAAAGGGCCAAAGGGUGUUUGACGUGUUUGGCAGUUAGGUUUCAAACUUAUAGACUCUUUUUUAAUUUGCUCUUAACCCUCUUGAGUCAAUUACCCCGGCCACAUGGAAAUGGAAUUAACAUAAUGCAAAAAAAUCCUAGAGAUAUAUCUGGGUGGCCGAGCUAAUAGCUGUGUUUGUCAGAUCAGGAGACAUCCGGAAAAAUCAGUCUUCUCACAAAAACGUCUGUAGGCUACAUGCUAAUAUGACCCCUCUGUGGGAAGGUGAGUCUCUCACGAACACGUGCAUGUAUGUUGUGUUGCUCUAGGACACCCAAGGGGUUCAAUAUGUGUCAAAAAUAAAAUAGUUUCCUGAUCUUUUUUAUAUCUCUGAUAUAGGACAGAUAUUUCAGAA